CCCGCGGUUAACGACAGUAACAAGCAAUCCUGAGGGGAGUAGAACGAUCGAGCGAUCGGUGGAGAGAGAGAGAGAGACGACGACGACGAUGGAGAGAGAAACUCCAAACAUGGGGAUCGUGGAUGGCGGCUCCGAUCAAGCGGAAUUCAUCUCGGGCCGUACGGAACCAUCCCCUCAACCGCUAGACUCUCUGCAAUUCAACCCUUGUCAAAAGAGUGAAGGUGAUGCUUCUGGUACGUCAACAGAACAUUAUACUGAUAAUAGAAGUAGAGUAGAAGGGCAGCUGCGCAAAUGCAAGACAAAUACAGGGACAACACGAGCUCCUGUUGAAGAACUAAAGGAGGGGAUAAAGCCAUUGCCUGUCACUCCAAGGGUUCCUGAAGCCUCUGUUCAUAAGGCAACAUUAUCUAAAGCUCGUGGGAAUCAUCUUGGUUUGAUCACUGCCAAUGAAAUUAAUUCUUGCAUUGUGGCUUCAGAAAGUACUCGCAUUUUCUGUUCUAUCAUUAUAGCACUUUCGGUUGUUCUAUCUAACAUCAGUCUUCCUCACAAUAUCAUCAAGUCAAAGAGCACCAUAGCCUCAAGGCCUCUUUAUAUACUCCUGCUAACCGAUGUAACAAUUGUGCUGGUAAGACUGCUUGAAAAGCAAAGGCAUAUUGAGAAGGUUGAGGAACAGAAAAAACUUGGUCCACAGGAAGAUGAGCAAAACUGGGCAGGAGCAGUUAAGAUUCUGGAGAUGGGUUUGGCAAUCUACCAGACAAUACGUGCUAUUUUCAUCGAUUUUAGUUUCUAUACAGUUGUUGUCAUCUGUGGUCUUUCUCUAGUGUAAUUUCUCAAAUGUUUAUGAACACUACCUGCUUUCCAUCUUCAGAGUCUAGUCAGAUAUCUGAUUCCA